AGAAGCAGCUAGAAGGCCACAGUCCCUGGAAUCUAAUGAGGGUGGGGGCAAGUGCUAGGAAGCUGAGCUCAGAGCACGGCCAGACCUGGAGGGCCCUGCAUGCACGUCUGGGAGAGGAACACCUGGACCAUCUAGAAGCUGCAGGUCACGUGUGUAUUCUGAAAGAUGCCUUGGACUUUGAAAGCUCAUCUGAAAUCACAAACCUAAUCACCGCCGAGAACGUGGAGGCAGCCCUGGCCCUCCAUCUCUACCGGGGAGGCAGACUUCUGCAAGGUCAUCAAAUUCCUUUUGGAGUCAUCUUUGGUGGAACUGAUUUAAAUGAAGAUGUGAACCAGGGAGAAAAACACACGGUGAUGGGAAAAGUUCUUGAAGAAGCCAGAUUCGCUGUUGCUUUCACAGAGUCAAUGAAGGAUGUCGCACAAAGGCAAUGGCCGCAUGCUAAGAGUAAGAUCUAUGUCCAGAGCCAAGGAAUCACAACAGCACCAAACCCUGCCUUUAACUGGAACACCUUUCUUCAGUGUUCAGGGAUUAACCAAAGUGCUGAUAACUUGCGCGUGUUUCUUUUGAUAUGUGGACUCAGACAAGUGAAAGACCCUCUUUAUUUGGUGGACGCAUUUUCAGAAUGGCAUCAAGAAGAGCCCAGCGUUUAUCUGGUAAUUGUAGGUCCUGAAGUCGAUCCAGUGUUUACAAGGGAAGUAAAGGCCAAAGUGAGAAGGGCAGCUGGGGUGCGGCUGAUGGGAGAGAUGUCUCGAGAAGACCUCCACGCGGUUAUGAAAAAUUGCUUUGCGGUGGUGAACAGUUCCGUUUCUGAAGGCAUGUCGGCUGCGAUUCUGGAGGCAAUGGAUUUAGAAGUCCCCGUGCUGGCAAGGAACAUUCCAGGAAACGCAGCCGUGGUGAGACAUGAAGCUACAGGACUGUUGUUUUCAGACCCUCAGGAGUUUGUUCAGCUGGCAAAGAGGCUGGUCAGGGAUCCCGCCUUAGAGAAACAGAUCGUGGCCAGCGGAAGGGAGUACGUGAGCACGCACCAUUCCUGGCGCUCGGAGAGAACCACCUAUCAGAGCCUCGUCUGGAGGCUUGCAGGGGGCACGGAGAACUGAGGGGACGCGCCGGCCCUCACCAUGUGCACUGGCUCUCACCACGUGUGCCGGCCCUCACCAUGCACCAGCCCUCACCGUGUGCACCGGCCCUCAGCUCUCACCGUGCACCAGCCCUCACUGAGUGCAAUGGCCCUCACCAUAUGCACUGGACCUCAGUGUGCACUGGAUCUCACUGUGCACCGACCCUUGCUGUGUGCACCGGCCCUCACUGUGUGCACCAGCCCUCAGCCCUCACCAAGCACCAGCCCUAACCGUGUGCACCGGCCCUCAGCUCUCACCGUGCACCAGCCCUCACUGAGUGCAGUGGCCCUCACCAUAUGCACUGGACCUCAGUGUGCACCAGCACUCACCGUGCACCGGCCCUCACCACGCACUGCUCCACAGCUGCCGUCCGAGCUCAGCCCCGGGUCACCACCCAGACAUGGCUGCCUGCCAGCCGGGUCCGGUCCAAUUGUAAUCAGCCCAUUUUCAUCUCUGUCUAGAGGUGUUGGACAUAACACUGUCAUUUGCUCCCAAGUAACACCAGGUUCUUCCAGAAAUUUACAAGCCUUCAGGUAAUACCCAGACUGUUCUUUACCAGAUUGGUCCUGAUGGAGGUUCAGAGGCUACGUGGGGUUGGGGAGGUGUAGUUGGUUUUAAAGGGAACUGGGGAGAGAAUUUCAUUAGCUGCUUUAGGACUUCCAGGUGGACAACAGAGGCUUGUUUUUAAGCCAUCUCAAGUGUAGACACCUCUCACCUGCCUUCUCAAUGGCCCAUACCCAUUGCUGAGUUCUAGAAGCAAACACAAAGUUCAGAACACAGCCGAGUGUAGCUUUCAUAGUAGCUCUGAUGUGCUACAGCAGACCUGGGCUCCGGCAGUGGAAGCAGGUGGUCCUCUGACAGCACCUGGGCCCACCCACUCCAGCAGGUAUGCUUGUCCGGUCACCAGGGAUGCGGUGAACAACGGCUGCUGGUGUCCAGGAGAGCAUGCAGACCCCCCCGGGCCCACCCAUGUCUGGGUGGAACUAGCAGCACACUGCCAGUGGCCUGGAAAGUUCUCAGGUGCCAGGUGGAGGCCCGAGUGCUCCCGGCGUAGGGGACCUGUGCCUGGGGUCGGCAGAUACGGCUGGGUCAGCCCCGUGGGCGUGGUGAUGCCCCUCUUGGUCAACACGUCCCCAAAGUGCAUCCAUUCUCCCUGGAGCUGUGGAAAUGUUCUUGUGGGGUGGGAAACAAGGGGCCUGGAGGGCCUAGAUGGCACAGAGCAGGCUUCAGAGUCCCCCUCAGAAAACAUUUUCCUGAAGAGUUCAUCUGGAAGCUUCCGACUCCGGGGGGGGGGUGUGACAUAGUGAUGUUCAUCCCAACAUACCUCAGUUGGAAAGAAAAAGCAAAGAGCCACCCUUUCUGUUUGCUUUCCAACCAUCCAUCAUUAAAAAAAAAAGUUGGCAAAACCUACAUCUUGCCCUUAAAAGGAUAAGCCUCACAUGAAACUCCGUCAGCUCUGAUUGCUCGGGGACGAAAGGAGUGUGGUUGGAUUCUGCACCGUGUCAUCUGACGUUUCGUUCUGCCGCCUCCAUCAUGGACAGGAGAGCUUUCCAGAAGCGGGGCGCUGAAGCCGGGCACAGGGGGACAGGGCAGGGAGCCCCGGCGGGGGGGACUGGCGAGGCUGCCCCAAGGUGCCCUGAGACCCGGCCGCAUCCUCCGAUGAGCUGUUGGAGGCUCAGCCCUUCCUCACUGAGUGACUCGGAGCCUCCACUCCACCUCGCCCCACUCACUUCCGUCUUCACUGGAAAUGCUCGUGUGCCGAGUGCACUGUGGGAAGGGGCAGGCUCCUAAAUAAUAAAGUGUGUCUCCAUCAGCUGUACGAAAA